AUGUUGGGCCCCCCAUCUUCGGCCUCGGAGCUCAUUGGCGCUCGUGGGGGCUUUUGGACCAAAGCCCUGAGGGUUUUGCGGGAUGCCCUUGGGCAAAUCGGGAAUUCUUUUCUAAACACCCCGGUGUACUUUUGGAUCUACAUCGGCGUUUUGCUCUACGUCACGCAGAAGCUCACGUUUAGGCAGGGGCUGCUUCGCAAGCGCUGCCAGAUCGGCCGGCGCUCCGUCCACAUCACCGCCGCGGAGGAGGAGAUCGCGCGCGAUGUGAUCGACCUCGACAAAAUCGAUGAAACCUUUCGGGACGUCGGGGGCCUGGAGGAGGUCAAACAAAUGUUGACCGAACACGUCAUUUGGCCUUUUAAACGCCCUGAGUUGUUUAGUGGGCGGACGGUCCGCUCGCACCCUAAAGGUGUGUUGUUGUAUGGGCCCCCCGGGACCGGCAAAACCCUCCUCGCGCGCGCGCUUUCCAAAGAACUCGGGUGCUCGUUUAUUAACGUGAAGGUGGAGUCGAUUUUCUCAAAAUGGGUCGGGGAUACGGAGCGAAACGCCUCGGCGGUCUUCACACUGGCGGAAAAGAUCGCCCCGUGCGUGAUCUUCGUCGACGAGAUCGACGCCCUGCUCGGGGCUCGCAAUCUUCAAGACUCCACACCGCACACCCACGCCAAAACAAUUUUUAUGACCUCCUGGGAUGGAUUGGAGAAGAGCUCGAAUUCGACCUCGCGGAUUAUCGUCAUCGGGGCGACCAAUCGCUCGUUGAUUAUCGAUGGUGCGAUUCGACGGCGAAUGCCCUUGCAGAUCGAAGUGCCCCCGCCGAAUUUAAGCGCGCGGGAAAAGAUUCUUCGGAUCGUCCUAAAGCACGAUUUAGAGACUAAUCCGCACAAAGAUGGGAUUAUCCAGUACGUGGCGAUAAAAACAACGGGGUAUACAGGGUCAGAUUUGACGGAAUUAUGCAAGGCCGCCGCCUUAUUACCUUUACGUGAGAUGAGUUCGAAUGGCGAUUAUAAUAAUAUAGAGGGAGAAUUACCUGAACUUACACAGAAGCACUUCGACGAGGCCAUGCGGCGUAUUAAACCUACAACAUAA